CUCAUAGUUUCAAUCCAAUUUGUAUAAUUUUGUUUAGAUUGCUUAGCACACAGUUUAGGUUCACUGAAAUUUAGUUGAAUUUUCGAUAUAGCCGAGGGGUGUUAAGGUGGUUGUGGCUUUGAUUGAAACAACAUUUUCGAUUUUCGAUGUCGAAUCCGCCACCGCAACCUUCCCUUGGAUACUUUAGUCCCUCAAAGUCAGACACUUCAUCACCUGACCCUGCCAGCAAUGCCAUUCCUCCUCCACCUUUGGUUUCCCCCGGACAAUCCAGAUUUCCUCCGCCAAAGUUUCAGCUGGAUCAGCUACCUCCCCCAUCAAUCAGAACUCCGAAUGGGCCAUCACCAGCUAGUGGUGGACUGAAAACCGGCAGCCCCAUUCCUCAUUUGAGUACUCCCCCCGGACCUCCUGUUUUUACUUCCCCUGUCCGUCCUGCUGCCGUGCCUUUUCGUGCUUCGCCUGUAACUCCUCAGCCAGUUGCUUUCUCUCCGGCAGCAUCUUUGCCAACUUCUUCGCCUGUUUAUUUUUCAAAUGGGUCUCAUGAGUUGGAGCGCGAACUGUCCAAUGUCACAGAUGAUGAUACAGUGCCUGUUGGUGAACCACCGUAUGUCCUAUUCUCAGCUCAUAAGGUGUUGAAACAAAAGAAACAAGCAAAUGUACCAAGUUUGGGUUUUGGGGCAUUGGUUUCCCCUGGGAGGGAAGUUUCUCCAGGUCCUCAAAUAAUACAACGUGAUCCUCAUCGCUGCCACAGUUGUGGAGCUUAUGCAAAUAUCUAUUGCAACAUUUUACUGGGCUCAGGUCAGUGGCAGUGUGUAAUCUGCCGAGAACUGAAUGGUAGUGAGGGUGAAUACAUAUCUUCUAGCAAGGAAGAACUUUCCAACUAUCCAGAGUUGUUGUCUCCCAUGGUUGAUUAUGUUCAAACUGGGAACAAUAGACCUGGUUUUGUUCCAGUUUCUGAUUCUAGAAUGUCUGCACCCAUUGUUCUUGUUAUAGACGAGUGUUUAGAUGAACCACAUCUCUGGCAUUUACAGAGCUCCUUACAUGCCUUUGUCGAUUCACUUCCCCCGACAACGAGAAUUGGAAUAGUACUGUAUGGUCGCACAGUAUCAGUUUAUGAUUUUUCAGAGGAGUCAAUCGCAUCUGCUGAUGUGCUUCCAGGUGACAAAUCACCGUGCCAGGAGUACUUGAAGGCUUUGAUAUAUGGAACUGGUAUAUAUUUGUCUCCAAUGCAUGCUUCACUGCCUGUAGCACAUGCCAUAUUUUCAUCAUUAAGGCCGUACAAACUGAACGUUUCAGAAGCUUCUAGAGCCCGGUGCCUUGGCACAGCAGUUGAGGUUGCCCUUGCUAUAAUUCAAGGCCCAUCAGCAGACAUUUCUCGAGGGGUAAUCAAAAGGUCAGGAGGUAAUAGCAGAAUCAUUGUUUGUGCUGGUGGACCUAAUACUUAUGGUCCUGGAUCUGUUCCUCAUUCUUUCAGUCAUCCAAAUUAUGCUCACUUGGAAAAGACCGCGUUGAAAUGGAUGGAGCGUCUGGGUCAAGAGGCACACCGACACAAUACGGUAGUUGAUAUUCUUUGUGCUGGGCAAUGCCCUGUAAGAGUUCCUGUUUUGCAGCCUCUCGCAAAAGCUUCUGGGGGUGUUUUUGUUCUCCAUGAUGACUUUGGCGAAGCCUUUGGAGUGAACUUGCAAAGGGCAUCCGCCAGGGCAGCAGGAUCCCGUGGGUUCUUGGCAAUACGCUGUUCAGAUGAUAUUCUCAUAACUCAAGUUGUGGGUCCUGGUGAAGAGGCACAUAUAGACACUCAUGAAACCUUCAAAAAUGAUACUUCUCUUUACAUACAAAUGCCAAGUGUUGAAGAAACACAGUGCUUCUCACUCUCCUUGGAAAAUAAGAGGGACAUUAGGACCGAGUAUGUGUACUUCCAGUUUACAAUUCAGUACCUGAAUGUUUAUCAAGCUGAUAUAUCAAGAGUAAUAACUGUUAGACUGCCAACAGUUGAUAGUGUUUCAGCAUAUCUUGAGAGUGUUCAAGACGAAGUUGCAGCAGUUCUUAUUGCAAAGAGGACACUGUUGCGAGCCAAAAACAGUUCUGAUGCGUUUGAUAUGCGAUCAACAAUAGAUGAAAGAAUUAAAGACAUUGCUUUGAAAUUUGGUUCUCAAGUACCAAAAUCAAAGCAAUAUCGUUUCCCUAAGGAGAUAUCGUUAUUACCAGAGCUCUUGUUUCAUCUUAGAAGAGGCCCACUGUUGGGAAGCAUUGUUGGCCAUGAAGAUGAAAGGUCUGUGUUACGGAACUUGUUUCUGAAUGCAUCCUUUGAUCUGUCUCUGCGAAUGGUAGCACCUCGUUGUCUAAUGCAUCGGGAAGGGGGAACGUUUGAGGAACUACCAGCUUAUGACCUUGCUAUGCAGUCUGAUGCAGCAGUUGUUCUUGAUCAUGGCACAGAUAUCUUCAUUUGGUUGGGUGCUGAACUUUCUUCUGAUGAAGGAAAAAGUGCGGCUGCUUUAGCUGCUUGCAGAACAUUGGCUGAAGAGAUCAGUGAAUUGCGGUUUCCAGCCCCUCGGAUUCUUUCCUUCAAGGAAGGAAGUUCUCAGGCUCGAUAUUUUGUAUCGCGGCUCAUUCCUGCACACAAGGAUCCUCCUUAUGAGCAGGAGGCAAGAUUUCCUCAGCUACGAACUUUGACAAUAGAACAGCGGACAAAGCUGAAAAGCAGUUUUAUUAGUUUUGAUGAUCCUAGCUUCUGUGAGUGGGUACGAAGCUUGAGAGUGGUUCCCCCAGAACCAAGCUAGAUGGUAUUGGCCCUCUUUAAUCUUGAGGGCUAAUGUUUCUACAUGAAGUCAGUGUUGCAAGUUGUAAUAGAGGAAAAUGUGUCAUUAGUCAUUACCGAAGAAAAUUUUGUGUUCUUUCAUUUUCAUUGGUAAGAGGAAAUUGUAGUUCAGAAAUGUCUGGACAGGAAAGGUAUAGUUCUCGUAAUCCCUCUAUACGGUUAGCAGUUAACUUUGUUCAAUAGCAUUAGCUGCAACAUUUUGUUUGGAGCUUCUUUUAUUUUUAAAUUUAUACCUUGUGUGGGUAUUGGGGUUAAUAGUCAAUUAUUGACUGGCCUCUCAUGUCCUAUAGAUAUUUAGUUUGAUAUC